AUGCAAGCGUAUCGCGAUAACUUUAAGCAAACGCCUUGCCCAUCGGCCGUCGACCUGCCGGUGCCAUCAGCGGCAACAGCCACAACCACGCGUUUACCCUUCUCUCGCAAUCGUGGGCGUGGCGAGCCAGCGACCAGCAAUCCAAUCAACAGCAGCAACAUCAGCAACGGCUCCGGUGCCAUCACGCCCAGAAUGCUGAGCCCAGCACCGGGUGGACCGGGCGGGUCAGCGGCGGACUGCUCUACCAAUGCGCUGCUGCGCCAGAAUCAGGAGCUGCGCCAGCGACUGGCCGACGAGUCGCACAGCUAUCGCAAGCGCUUGGACACGUACAAGCAGGCCCAGCACAAUCAGGCCAAUCUGGUUAGCCGCCUGCAGUCCAAAAUACAGCAGUACAGGCAGCGCUGCAGCGAUCUCGAGGACCGCAUGCACGACACCAUCAAGCCGACGACUACAAUGCCCUGUCCGCCCAAGCUGACAACGGGUCCAACUGCAAACCAGGUGCUGUGCUCGACCUCGCUGACUUUAGGUCAGAGCAGCCUGCCGUGCAGCUCAUCGCUAGACUCGCCACCGCCAAGCUGUGGACGCGAUUACUUGCAUGACGACGUCAGCAGCAGCGAGCUGUGCCGCAAGCUGGAGGAGGAGCACAAUCGCUGCGAGCAGAUUGUGGCGCAGAACAAUGCUUUGCGUCAGCAGCUGGAGGAAUCGAAUCGCACCAACGAGGCGCUGACGAAUGAUUUGCAAAAGUUGACCAAUGAUUGGGGCAACAUGCGCGACGAGCUGCUCAUCAAGGAAGAUGAGUUCAAGGAGGAGGAGCAGGCCUUCAAGGACUACUACAACAGCGAGCACAAUCGUCUGCUGAAGAUGUGGCGCGAGGUGGUUGCGGUCAAGCGCGCCUUCAAGGACAUGCAGAGCGCCAUGAAGGCCGAGGUGGCCAAGAUGGGCCAGGAGAUCAAUGGCGUUAGCAAGGACAUCAACUGCUCCAACUCAUCGGUGGCAUUUGCCCUGCAACAGGCCAAGCGUGCCGCCGACGAUGAGCUGAAGCAAUCGCGUCGCAGCAACGAUGAGCUGCAGGCGCAGCUGGCCACGCUCAAGGUGCAGUACGAGAGUGCACGGCAUGAAAUUAUGGAACGGGAUCAGCGAUUGCUGGAGCUGAUGAAUCAGCUCAAAAAGCUGGAAGACCGCUGCGCUCAGGCCGAGUCGCAUGCGGCAUUGGCUAAUCGCUACAAUGAUGAAAUCGAGAGAUUGAACAAUUCCAUGCGCGAGAUCGCACAAGCUGUCGUACAAGAUGCCGAGAUCGCUGAUCGCGAAGCAGACGCCGAGGUCAACAGUGCCAUGCAGCACAUGCAUCUGACGCGUGAUGCCGCCUCCGUAGCGGGUGGCGCUGCCAAUACCGCCGGCGCCGCUGGUGGCAAAUCGCCAAGACGCAAUUCGACUCGCGCCUCCCAGGCCUUUGCCGAGGGCACCAUUUCGGCUGUGCAGGCGGCGCUCCACAAAUACCAGCUGGCUCUGCAUGACAUGCAGGUCAAGUUCCAGCAGAGCAGCGAAACACUGCGCAGCACUCGCACCCAGUUGGACACCAGCGAGGGCACCAAGCAGCUGCUGACCAGCAAAAUGCAGCAGCUGACCGAAAAGCUGGACGCCAGCAAUUCGAAGCUCUCCGAGCUGCUGCAGGAGCGCGAGAGUCUGCAGAAGUCCUUGGAUGAAGUGCGUGUCCAAAAGCAGCAAUCCGAAAUGGGUCGUGCGGAUCUAAACAAUGCGUUUGAGAAUCUCAGCGGAGACUUUGAGAAGUUACAGUUGAACUAUGGCAAGCUGCAAAAGCGAAUCGAUUCCAUGGAGGAAGAUAAGAAGGCAGUCGAGCUGGAGAUACAGCGUAUACUCAAGGACAAGAAUAUAACUGAGCUGAAUUUGAGAUCCGAGGAGGAUCGCAGCAGUCGCUUGCGGGAGGAGACGAUUUCGUUGCGCGAGGAGCUAAAUCGCGUUAGUCUUAAUCGGGAUCUGCUGGAACAGCAGCGCAUCGAGUCGGACAAUUUGAUCAAUUUGCUGGAGAAGCAGAAAUGCGAUCUGGAAUACGACUUGGACAAGCUGCUGCUGGACAAAUGUGAUCUGCAGGAAAAGCACGAGAAAUUGUCCAACAACAAUUGCUCCACAAGCGACGAGCUGAAGUCCGUGCAGAACUGUCUGCUGGAGGCCCAAGAGGAGCGUAAAAAGCUGCGCGUGCAGGCCGCGGACCAGGCCAGUGAAAUUGGCGAGCUGAAGAAGGAGCUGGCUGUCCUGGACAAGGCGCGUCUGGAACUGGAGACCGACAAUCUCUCGUACAGCGAGAAGCUGAAGUGCUUGCAGCUAGAGAAGGAGAAGAUCCUGCAGGACCUGGCUUGCAUGACACGUGAGAAAUGCGAUGUGCAUAACCAGCUGACCGCCAUGUGCCGCAAGAAGGAGACGAUCAACGAGGAGCUAAUGCGCACGCGCCAGCGCCUGGAGCAAACGACAGAAACCAACAGUCGGCUGAAUCGCAACAUCGAGGACAUGGUCAAGGACGUGGAGGAGAAGCAAGUGGUCAUUGACUUGCACGAGAAGGACACGCAUCGCCUCAACGAGCUGCUGGCCGCACUGCGCUCCGAGAAGGAAUCUCUGGAGACGGUGCUAUUCGAUACCAAUACGACACUAGAGGCCGUCGAAGAGAAACGCAGCCAGCUGGAACGUGAUCUACAGGAGGCGCUGGUCCGAGAGGAAUCCCUCAAAAAUCACGUGGCACGUUUGCAAAAAGAGCUGGAGGUGUGUCAGCGUAAAGCCCAGGAGACCAAGACGCAACUGCUGAAUGCAGCUCGUGCUGCCGAAAGUGACUUCAACCAGAAGAUUGCCAAUCUUCAGACAGCCGCCGAGGAUGCAGCUAAACGCCAUGGAGACGAGGUGCUGCAGCUACGCAAUGCUCUUGAGAAGCGCAUGCAGCAGGCAUUGCAGGCACUGCAAACCGCCAAGGAUGAUGAGAUCGAGAAGUUGCAGGAGCGCAUAGCCGCCUUGCAGGCGCACAUCGAGAGCGUGGUGCAGCAGCACGAGGAGACGCUGAUUCGCGCAGAGAACGAGAAACAGCAGGCGCUGCUCAUGGCCCAUCGCGACAAGCAGGCGGUGGCCGAACGCCUCGAAGCGGUCUCUCGGGAGCUGAAGACCGAGCAGGAGUCACUGGAUCGCAACAAGCGCGAGGCCAAUGCUCGCGACGAGAAACAGCGCGCGGCCAUAGCUCAGCUCAAGGAUGAGAUGGUGCACAUGCGCACCAGAGAGGAGGAGCACAAAAUCAAGCUCGAGGAGUGUAUACGUAAGCAAGAGCUGCAAUUGAACAGCAUGCGCGAGGAACGCGACACUCUGUGCCGACUAAGCGAGGAGUUCAAAAUGGACAUACGACUAAAGGAGGACAAAAUGGAGGCAACCAACAAUGAGCUGCAGGAUGCGCUACGCAAGACCAAAGAAGGUGAGGGCUACAUUGACAGCCUGCGCAAGGAGCUGACCGACAGCCGACGUCAGCUGGCGGAUAGCAACAUUGAGCGCGACAAGUACUCCAGUAGCAACAAGGAGCUGCGCGAUCAUGUCAAGCGUGUUGAGAGCGCCAAGCGUGAGCAGGCGCGUGCAAUCGAGGAGGCGCUUCAGAAGAUUAACAAUCUUGAGGAAGCCAAGAACUCAUUGGAGAUAGAGCGCACACGUGUGAGCACCAUACUCAAGGAGACGGAGAACAAUUUCACAAAGACCACACAGGAGCUGAAUGCCACAAAGUCGGCAUUGCAAAAGACGCAAAUGGAGUUCGCCCAGAAGGACGAGGGUGGCAAAGAGCUGCAGACUAAGCUGGCGGCUGAAAUUGAGCUGAAAGAGCGUGCGCAGCAGGAGCUGUGCCAGAUCAAAAAGCAGCUGGCCGAUCUGGAGGCAAAUCUGUGCGCUACGCGCCAGGAAUUGGGUCGUGCACGCUGUCACAACAACCAGGAGGAGCAUCGGUUCCAUGCACGCGAACAGGAGUUGGUCACGCGCAUGGAGGAGGCGCGUGGUCGCGAGAAGCGUUUGGAGGAUCAGAAACACAAUCUAGAGGUUUGCUUGGCGGAUGCCACGCAGCAAAUACAGGAGCUGAAGGCGCGUCUGGGUGGCGCCGAGGGUCGCAUCAGGGCAUUGGAUGAGCAGCUGGCCUGUGUGGAACUGCAUAAGCGCAACACAGAGCACAAACUGAGCUCCGUGGUGCACACGCUGCGCCGCAUUGCGGGUAUCCAAGUGGAUGGCAGUGUCAAUUUGUCGCAUCGCUUGCUAAGUCCUUCGCGCCGGUUUAGUCCUUCACGUAGCGUUGGCGAAUAUGACACACGCAGCACAUCACAAUGUCCCGAUGCGCCCGUCGAUGUUGAUCCCGAUCUGGUCCGAAAGGGCGUGCGCAAUCUGAUGCAUCAAGUGGCCCAGCUGGAGCGCGAGAAGGACGACUACAAGUCCCAGCUGGGGGCGGCCAAGAAACAGCUGCAAGAUGCCGCCGAUCAGCAACUGCGUUGCGAUGCCAAGCUGGGCAAACUUCAGGCCAUUCUGCGCAACUUGCAGGAGGAGAAGAGCAAUCUGGAAACCGAUCGGAAAAUGAAAAUCUCGGCUAUGAAUGCGCUCGAGGAGAAGCUGAAGCAGCGCACCGAUGAGUGCCAAGUGCUGCGCGAGCGCGUUGCCCAAACCGAGAUGCAGCUGUCCGCCACAUCCGAGGAGAACGCCCAAAACGAAGAUCGUCUGGAGAAGAGCCGUCAAAUGUGCGGCAAGCUGGACAAUGAGAAACGCAUGCUGCAGGAGGAGCUGGCCAAGGUGGAGGGACGCGCCAGUAAGCUAGACUUGCAGCGUGUCGCCAUGGAAGGGGAUCUAACGCGGCUGCAAAUGGCGCUGCAGGAGAAGGACUGCAACAUUAGGCAAGUGUCUGAACGGCUGGAUACCCAAAAUCGUGCUAUGGCUCAACUGGAGGAUCGUUGCACCUCCCUCAAGUCCACAGUGGAUCAGCUCAAGGAGCGUCUGCAAAAGAGCGCUGUCAGUGAGACUCAACUGCGCGGCGAGAUCAAGACGUUGCAGAAGGAGCUGUCCGAGCAGGGUCAUUGCUCGCAGGCCAAUGAGGACAAGGUUAAGCUGCUCCAGAAAUCACUGCAAACGACGGAGAACGAGAAGCGCAUAUUAACGGAGCGUCUGGACAGCGCUCAAACCAAUCUGAACGAGCUGCGGCGCAGCCAGCAAGCGCAGCUCGAUGGCAACCAGCGGCUACAGGAGCAGGUUACGGAUCUCGAAGUGCAACGCUCGGCGCUCGAGUCACAGCUACGCAUUGCCAAGUGGAAUCAGGAAAACGGCGACAAGGACGCCGUCAACGGGAAUGGAGGCGGCGGUGGCAGUCGCGAGGAAGAGGAACUAAGCCGCCAGCUGAAGUCAUCGCAGCGAGAGAAAUCCGAGCUGCGCAGCAAGCUGCAAACACUGCAGGACAAGGUGAAGCAGCUGGAAUGUGACAGAAAGAGUAAAUUUGCUGGUGGCAACGCCUAUGAUCGGGCUGAGAAAUCGAGCUCCUAUUAUGGAGGAGGCGGCGCUGGCGAUGCCGGAGAGUAUGAUUCCAAUCGUUAUGACGCCGGCACUGGGGGCUCCUAUAGUUGUGGCCUUGAUCACAGCGUCAUUGAGCAGGAGACGCGCGACUUGCGCUUAAAAGUGCGUCGUCUGGAGACGUUGCUGGCGGAAAAGGAGUCCGAGUUGGCGCGCUGCAAGGCACGUAUGCAUGACAGCUCCAAGUGCAUGGAUGGCAUGGACGCGGAUCGCUAUCGCAGCGCCCAAAUGCAUGCUGAGAAGUUGCUAGAUGCUCGCGAACAAUCCCACAAGCAGCAGGUCCUACGACUCGAGAACCAGAUCUCAAUGCUGAGAGAGCAACUGGCACAAGAGGCUAAACGGCGACAGCAGUACAUUCUGCGUAGCUCCAAAGCUAAUCGAGAGAUGCAGCAUCUGCGCAGCACAUUAGGCGAUUCCCUGCGGAAUGUCUCCCAGCAUCCAGUGGAUACCCAUUUGCUGGAAAGCGAAAGUAGACGCUUGGAUUCUGCAGUGUCCAUGAGUCUGCCACCGUCGACGUGCCGUGAUUACGAUCGUGAUUAAUGGAUAGUGCAAUCGCGUU